AUGGACCACUUGCCAGUUGGUCCCAGGAUGUCCGAUGCGCCGGUGUCAUCAGCAUCAUCAGUGGCGCAACCUGUUAGCGCCAGACGUCGUCACCGCCCCGCCAGCACCAUUGACACCAUAUCAACAGACACUUCUGGUGCGUCGGGCGAAGAAGAACACCGGGGUCCGUGUCGGCAGUUGAAGACGGCGAAGGUCACCUGGGUGACCAACAGUCGUAUCAACAUCAAAUACGACGAGCGGCAUCGGGCUGCCCCGACGGCGGAAUUGCAAAGCUCUUUGGCCCACGAGAUUGGUCAUGUCGUUCGGACCCAUUGCCAUAUGCAAUGGAAGUCUUGGAAGGUCAUGCCUAACGAGAUCAAAAUGAAGGUGCGCAGACAGUUGUCGACGAACUACAAUUUAAAGGACCUCCAUGAUGAGUCGUUGGCGUACGUCAACAGACUCUUUACUCAGAGGUACAAGCAGUGGAAGAGCAACUUGCACCACUAUUUUAAGGCAUUUGAUGAUCCGCAAGUCGCUCUUCAUGAGGGUUGCCCGAAGGAGCUUGAGGGGCGGGAGGAUAGUUGGGCGUGGCUCUGCGCUCAUUUUCAGGCGCCCGAAUAUGUGAAUAAGGCCACAGCAAAUAAGGGCAACAGGAACAAGAAAACUCUUCUCCACCAUUCAGGUUCCAGGCCCUUCUUGUAUAGGAUGGACGCACGACGGCGGGGGGGGGUCCAAAUUCCCGGAGAUCGACAUCUUUGGCGACGUUUAUGUUCGACUUGGGAAUGA